AGUAACUUCUUUCAACAAGACACCGUCUAAUGAAAGCGUUAAUACGUUGUCUAAAAUGAAAUUUUUAAAUAUUCAUAUGCUGGUCGUUUUGCUUCAACUGAUAACAUGCGUGAAUUUAAUAGCUAUAAACGUGUCAAAAGAAGUACGAGACGAAGAAGAAGUAAACCGUGUAGUGGAAAUGUUAGACAAUGCAGAAACGAAAGUAAAAGGCUACUUGAAAUCUCUUACUAGAGCUGCACUUCCUUACAUGAUAAGAAUUACCGAAGAAACGAAUUUAUCUUCGUCCUGCAUCGAAGCUGGCAGUUUGUUCCUCAGAGACUUCAGACUUAUGAAACCAUGGACUAUAAAAUUAAUGGAUUCUUUCGGAAAACUACCAGCAGGUGUGUUAGGGAUGACACAAUGGAUACAAGGAGAUUACGAUCAGUGUUUGAGCAUAGAAAUUCCCCGAAAUAAAAAGAUUACUAAUAGUGAAAAGAAGCAUGUUGGAGGGAAAUAUUGUGCCUUGAAAAUUGGAUUAUCAAACUCAAUAAUGAAUAUUACAAAGUCAAUUCAUCAUUUUGAAAACAACUCAUUGAUUAAACUAGCAAAGGAUAUUGUUAAACCGGCAAAGCUUGGUGACUUCUUCAAAAAUGCAGCCAAAAUGAAGAUGGGUAUACGAUUAGAUGUGUGCAUUCCUAAUACAUGUAGUGAUAACGACUUGAAAAGUAUUGGAAACUGGAUAUUUGGAACAGCGGUAGACCUUAAUGUCGAAUAUUGCAAAACUAAAGACGAAAAACUUAAAUAUACUAAUGGACAAUUGAUAUCCUUAACUGUACUCUGCAUAUUUAUUGCAUGGGUUUCAAUGGCAACGUUAGCAGAGAUAUUAAUGCGAUUUGAUAUCAUGUCUUCGAAGAUGAAUAAUAGUAAAAUUUUCGAGUAUAUUCUCAUCGCUUCACCUUUUACAUCUCUACAUAAAUUGUGUUUAACGAAUAUCGAUGAAAGCACAAAAUCGAUGUGUGGUGUGAGAUGUCUUGUAAUAAUUAAUGCAGUAUUGGGACACACAUAUGCGUUAGUAAUGAUUGUAAAGACAGUAGCAGAAAAAUAUUCCAAUCUGAUAAAAGCAAUGGACUUUUUUGCAUACGAGAUCCUUCUUGAAGCGUUCACAAUGAUCGAAUCGUUUUUCUUCUACAGUGGUUUUAUGGUUAUGUAUUUGAGACAAAAGCGUGGAAAAAACUCUGCGAAGCAAUAUAUCAUAUCUUUAGUCAAGAAAAUUUUCAGAUUCACUUUUCCGGUAAUAUUUGUUUUGGGCUUUGCAAUUCUUCUACCUCUACUCGGAGAUGGUCCUCAUUGGCAUCGUGUGAUUGAUCAAGCGGAAUACUUAGAAAACAAUUGGUGGAAGUAUAUCACUCAUGUUCAUAUUUAUAUAGCAUUCGAACAGAAGAAAUUUUUCAACGUUAUAUGGUUUAUGAGUGUGUUAUUGCAGUUGUCUAUCAUAGCAUCAUUGCUACUGUAUGUUAAAGACAGAUGGCCCAGAAGUGGAAGUCUGGUUAUAGUGUUAUUGAUGCUGACAGGAAUUAUCACACAUGCCGUUGAUGUGCUUUCAAACAGAUAUUAUGCAAUGUUUGGAGUACCCGCCGUUUCCGAAAAAACACACAAAUACGUCCGGCAUCAUUAUAGUAAACCAUAUUAUUCCCAUCUCAGUACUUUCUGUUUUGGUGCAUUAAUUGGAGAUAUAUUAAACAAGAAGAAAGAAAUCACAUUUGGAAAAAUUACUCUUUUUGUUUGUUGGAUCGGAUGUAUUAUUUUAAUGGCUUUAUCAAUUUUUGGAGUGCAUAAUUACAAGAAGGAUAUUUUGGCCAACGAAAACAUAAUCAUUGCCUUCCAAUGCAUUGCGCCUUUUGCUUGGACAAUAGGAUUAGCUUGGUUGACUGUGGCUUGCAUGACAGGUUAUGGAGGUAAGGAAAUUGUUAUUAUCUAG